UCAGACCGGCGCAGAGCUCGAGACGGAAGAACAUAUGUUUAACCAAGCGACGCAUGCGCAGUCACCGCUUCCGCGACGUACCUAGCCAUCUUUCCAGUCAAGCAAAAGUGAUUGUUUUCAGUCUUAGUCUUAUUUAACUGAACUUUUAUUAAUGUCAGAGCCACAGUCCGCGCUGCUAUUACGAAAACAAUUAGCAGAAUUAAAUAAAAACCCAGUAGAAGGGUUUUCUGCAGGCCUCAUAGAUGACAAUGACAUAUAUCGGUGGGAAGUACUCAUUAUUGGACCUCCGGAUACAUUAUACGAAGGUGGUUUCUUCAAGGCACAUUUACAGUUUCCAAAAGAAUAUCCACUUAGGCCACCACGAAUGAAAUUUAUCACCGAAAUAUGGCAUCCAAACAUUGAUAAAAAUGGAGAUGUGUGUAUAUCGAUACUGCAUGAACCUGGUGAUGACAAAUGGGGAUACGAGAAAGCAUCCGAGCGGUGGUUACCGGUUCACACAGUCGAAACUAUUCUGAUAAGUGUUAUUAGCAUGCUCGCAGAUCCUAACGAUGAGAGCCCUGCUAAUGUGGAUGCCGCCAAAGAGUGGAGGGAAAGUUAUACGGAAUUUAAAAGAAAGGUGGCGAGGUGUGUGAGAAAAAGCCAAGAAGAGUGUUUGUAGGGGAUGAACAAAUAUACAAAUGGAAAGACUUAUUUAAUUCUGGAAAGCCGUAAGCACUGUAAGAAAGAAACCGAUGCUCAGCAUAAAGCUAACGGACAGCAGUGCCACUAAAAGCGGAAUAAGCCUGACCUAUCCUUAUGCAGAGAGAAGAAGACAGAGUGUGUGUGAACACGAGAGUAGAACUCACGCUGCUCUAUCAUGUUUAUUAAACCACCGCCACCAACAUACGAUCCAGAUCCAUCGAGACGGAAAACAUAACAGAAAUACACACGCAAUUCAUCUUUUACAUAAUAAACAGCUAAAGAAAAUUAAUUUACACAUAUACAUAAAGAAAAAAAUCAUCUCUGUAUAAUUAUUACCUUAAUAUUAAUAGUUCUUAUAAACUCUUAACUCCCCCCUGCCCCUCCUAUGCUCAAGAAUUACCCCGAGCCCCUUUGAACCGAACCUUGUAAUUUAAAAUAAUAUGUUUACGUUUAUCUCAAUAAUAAUUCCUUAGUGUCGUUUCGUAUUUUCUUACUUUCGUAAAUAUAUACAUAUAUAAAUAAAUUUUUAUAAAAUCAAGGAAAAAGACGGGACACAUACAGCAAUCGUGUAAUAAAUCAAUCACACCGAGAAUGGACUGCAUACGAAUUAAUUAACACACUGCGGUGAGAAAAAUGCCGUACUUACGAGCGGCAAUGUAAAAAUAUAUGUUAAAUUUUAAUCGAACCGUAAGUUGCCAAAAUAAUUUUAAUUCAAGUGAUAAUAAUGAUAAUAUUCUUAUUAAUGUAUCUCGAUAAUUACAGCUAGUGCUCGUGACAUAACGUAUGUGUUAUAAGAUACUCGCUCUUUAACUGUCAUUCGUGUGCACGAUAACGGUGCUUUCUUUGCAAAAUAAACUUGCGGUUCUUUUUUUCCUUUUAAUCA